AUGAAUCCUUCUGUCACCUUAGGCGCUAUGCUCUGGGGCAAAAUGUCGAUAGCACUUGGACUUGCAUAUGUCAUUGCUCAAUGCGUGGGUGCCAUAGCAGGAUAUGGGAUAUUGAUGGCUGUCGCUCCUGUAGACUUGGUGCCCGAUGGGAUUUGCACCACGCAACCUCACGCACAGCAUACAAUGCUCCAAGCUGUGGCAGUCGAAGUUAUACUAACAGCUGCAUUGAAUUUCCUCAACUGCGCCGUUUGGGACCCGUCCAAUGAGAAGUCGCUCGAGUCAGUUUCUUUAAAGUUUGGCUUCACAAUAGCCGGAUUGUCGUUAGCGGGUGGCCCUUUAACUGGAGCUAGUAUGAACCCAGCUAGAUCUCUUGGUCCAGCACUGUGGACAGGUACGUGGGAUAGUCUUUGGGUCUAUUGGAUUGGACCGCUGCUCGGUGGAUCACUCUCAGCGAUAUUUUACAAGUAUGUCUGGCUCGAUAACGGAGAAAAGGAAUCGGUGCUAGAG